CGCCGAGUUAUUGCACGCUACCUCUCCUAUCGUACUAUCAUGAAGUGCUCCGUAAUUUGCCUCCUGUUCAUCGCCGCGCUGCACGGCGUACUUGGCGUAUUCGUGGGCAGCCUGCUCCUGCCGCUCGGUGGCAUCGCGUCUACGGCGAAUGCAAUCCUCGGCUUCAAGAUCUCCAUGGCCGCUUCUGCGUUGUCCAUGCUCAGCAAGGGCUUCAAGGGUACUUUCAACCUCAGGGCCGGCACGGACAUCGUGGGCUCCCCGUCCGACGAGCUGAGCGCACGCAGUGCUCUUUUGGCGCCAGGCAUGACAACCACCACCACCGAGCCGACGGUAGUGAGGGUCCCGAUUUCAGCGCUUCAAGACAUCUUCAAGAUCAACAACGAGCAGCAGCAACAGGCGAACUUGCUGUUCGGCUUCUUGAAGGAGAUGGACGACCACGGUUGCGUGUCCCGCAUGGUGUGCGAGAGCGCCGCCGACGCACUGCGGCUCGGCCAGGUGGGCAACGCGACCGCGCAUUUGUUCAACACCGACGUGGCGGUCCUCGCGGGUCCCGCCUCGGUGUUCGUGUCCGCCGCGAAGACGGGCCGCUCGCAGGGCCUGGCUGGAUGCGCCCGGGCUUUUCCCGAGUGCACCGCCGACCUCCCUCACAUCCUCGGCAUGGCCGGAUUGACGUAGCCGCCAGACAUCUGCUAAUAAACCUUUUAUCUUCUUUUA